UGCGCGUGCCUACGAACUUUAAUGGCAGUCCAAGCAGGGGAGGGAAAGCACAAGCAGGCGGCGGAGAUCAGUUUACAAGAUGGCGGAGGAAGCGGAAGGGUCUUUAAAGCGGCUUUUGGUGCCUUUUCUUCUGCCCGAGAAAUGCUACGAUCGGUUUUUUAUCGACUUGGAUUUGCUCGAUUUUCCCUGCCUCAAGAUACUAAUCAGCAAAGGCCUGGGACUUGGCAUUGUUGCUGGAUCAUUGCUGGUGAAACUACCUCAAGUGUUUAAAAUUCUGGGGGUGAAGAGUGCAGAAGGCCUGAGCCUCCAGGCAUUUCUUCUAGAACUGGUGGCCUUGACUGGGACCAUCACCUACAGUGUGGCAAACAGCUUCCCAUUCAGCUCUUGGGGUGAGGCCUUGUUCUUAAUGCUACAGACCAUUACCAUCUGCUUCCUGAUCCUACACUACAGAGGACAUACCAUGAGAGGUGUGGCCUUACUAGGCAUCUAUGUCCUGAUCCUGCUGGUAUUGCUGUCACCCCUGAUGCCCAAGACUGUGGUCACCCUGCUUCAGGCCACCAACAGGCCGGCUGUGAUCAUAGGGAGGUUACUUCAGGUGAUCACCAACUACAGAAAUGGUCACACAGGGCACCUGUCAGCAGUCACUGUUUUCUUACUCUUUGCUGGUUCCCUUGCCCGAAUCUUCACCUCCAUCCAGGAAACAGGUGACCCCCUCAUGGCUGUGACUUUUAUUGUCUCCUCCAUCUGCAAUGGUCUCAUUGCCUUCCAGCUCCUCUAUUACUGGAAUGUCAGCAUUCCUCACAAAUGGGAAAAGAAACAUCAGUAGUGUCUGCGAUACUACUCCCCUUUUCCCAGCCAGAACAGUAUCUCAAAGGCCCCAGUUUGGUCUUCAUUCCUUUUCCUUUGGUCUUCUUGACCUGGGUUCCUCCUACUCCCAAAAUUGGCAUCCUUUUUUUGGGGCUGUGCGCCUCCUUCCCCUUUUGUUGCCCCCCCCCCCCCCCCAACUUUCCUGUCCUCCCUUCACUCCCCCAUAGCUUCUUGUUCUCCAGUGUGUUGUGGAGCUUCCAAGAGAAGGGAGGGAUUGUGACCAGGGGGUUGGGAGGAAGGUAACAAGUGAAGACAUUAAUGUGUCUUUGGACCAUGAGGAUGUCAGCUAUGGCUAAUUAACUAGCUUUGUACCUACAUACAUUCAUCAUGAGAAUGGGAUCUCUGGCUUCUUGGCAGAGCACAAAGGGAACUUCGUUACUUUCUUCCUUUUGAUUCGUAGAUAUGCUUCUUACCUCUCAAUCCUAGAAGAUAUCUCUUCUUGCCUGGUCCCCUUCAAACACCCUCCCCCAUUAGGGUACUCAGAAGGGUAUAGGCCCAGGAGAUGAAGGGAGGUGGCACCUGCAGACUAAUAUAGGCAGUAACCAAAGAUACGGAGAGAGACAGCUGACCAGAACCUAAGCUAAAACUGUCUUUUUCAGGUGGGAUCCCCUGUUCUGAACUUUUGACCCUUAAGGCCAUCCAUAUGAUAGCCUCCAGGGCUGAUGGGGAAGUGGUUCAGGGUAACUAUCGGCACAGUCCUCCACCCCCAACUAGGCAAGUCCUAGGUGGAAAAACAGACCUGGGCCCUGCUGAUGAUCCCCUGGAUUGGUGAAGCUGUGGAGGGAAUCAAAAAGUGGGACCAGAACUCAAAAUGAGUUUAAUCUUACAAAACAUACAAUAUAUAAAAAUUUGUAUCUUCAAUACAAAAA